GCGCAUCUGGAUGUUUUAAACAUACAAAGGAAUUGCUAGAGCAAGCAAAAGAGAAAACGGUGCAAAGAGUUAAGAUGUGCAGAUAAACAACUGGUGCACUGUGCAGCUAAAAUAACGGACAGGCAGCUGAGGAAAAUCUCUUUCCAAAGAGGAGAGCACAAGUUUAGGCAGAAUGAAGACUCCCAUUGUCUGUGGCUUCGUUUUUAAAGUACUAUUAAUCCAAGUGUAUCUUUUAAACAAAACUUUAGCUGCACCUUCACCAAUCAUUAAGUUUCCUGGAGACAGCACUCCCAAAACAGAAAAAGAACUAGCAGUGCAAUACCUGAAUAAAUACUAUGGGUGCCCCAAAGACAAUUGCAAUCUAUUUGUCCUGAAAGAUACUCUGAAGAAAAUGCAGAAAUUUUUUGGGCUGCCUGAAACAGGAGAUUUGGAUCAAAAUACUAUUGAGACAAUGAAGAAACCCCGCUGUGGUAACCCAGAUGUAGCGAAUUACAACUUCUUUCCAAGAAAGCCAAAAUGGGAGAAGAAUUAUAUAACAUACAGGAUUUUAGGCUAUACCCCGGAUUUGGAUCCUGAGACAGUGGAUGAUGCCUUUGCUCGAGCCUUUCAAGUCUGGAGUGACGUCACACCGCUGAGAUUUAACCGAAUAAACGAUGGAGAAGCAGACAUCAUGAUUAAUUUUGGCCGAUGGGAACAUGGUGACGGCUACCCAUUUGAUGGCAAAGACGGCCUCCUGGCUCAUGCCUUUGCACCAGGGCCAGGAAUUGGAGGAGACUCCCAUUUUGAUGAUGAUGAACUGUGGACUCUUGGAGAGGGGCAAGUGGUUAGAGUGAAGUAUGGAAAUGCAGAUGGCAAAUACUGCAAAUUUCCCUUCUGGUUCAAUGGCAAGGAAUACAAUAGCUGCACAGAUGCAGGACGCAGUGAUGGAUUCCUCUGGUGUUCCACAACCAAAGACUUUGAUGCAGAUGGCAAAUACGGCUUUUGUCCCCACGAAUCACUUUUUACAAUGGGCGGCAACGGGGAUGGGCAGCCGUGCAAAUUUCCCUUUAAAUUUCAAGGCCAAUCCUAUGACCAGUGCACAACAGAAGGCAGGACAGAUGGAUACCGAUGGUGUGGAACCACUGAAGACUACGACAGAGAUAAGAAAUAUGGAUUCUGCCCAGAGACAG